AUGGCCGACUUCACCGGAUAUGGCAAUGCCACUGCAGAAUGGCUUGCAGUCACAGACAGCAGGCCACCCAUGGAUCCCUCUCUCAGCCUCAAGGAAAUGCAGCGCAUCACCAAUAUGCACCGAGAAAACCUCGCAAAGAACGAACUUGAGAAGCUGGGAAACCCAGAGAUCCACAUGAAAGAUUAUACUGUCACUGCACGGGAUGGAUUUGCUCUGGAGGUACGAACUUAUAAACCACCUAUAGCCGACAAGGACGCCCGUCUUCCGAUCUACAUCCACCUCCACGGUGGUGGCUAUGUAUUUGGAAACAUUCCUUCAGAAGACGCUAUUUGUACCGCCAUUGCUCUUGGAGCCAACGUUACCGUCGUGAACCUGAACUACCGCCAUGCGCCGGACUUUGCCUUCCCAACAGCGUGGGACGACACCGAAGACACUUUCCACUGGGUUCACGACAACAUUGAUGAACUCCUCGGCAACCCAAGCCAAGUCUUAGUUGGCGGCAUCUCCGCCGGUGCCCAACUCUCAGCUGCCUUGACACUGCGACAAAAUAUGUCGUCCGAUGGCCUUUCACGACCUAAGCUUGCCGGCCAGGUGUUGAUGAUCCCUGCCCUAAUUCACCCGGAUUCCUACGCGCCCGUUCUCGAACAGCUCAAAGACCCUUCACUAUCAUCAUAUGUCCAGAAUGCGGAUGCUCCACUCCUCAACAAGGCGGCGGUGGACAAGUUUACCAGCCUGCUAAAAGUUUCGAAUCCAGAUCUCAAGGAUAGACGAUUAAACAUUGGACACGCAACUGCCGACGAAGUUAAAGGCAUGCCGCCUACGACGCUUGGAAUUUCUGGUUUGGAUUGUUUCAGAGAUGAGGCUCUUUUCUAUGGCAAGAAGCUUGUUGAGGCAGGAGUACCUACCGAUAUCCAUGUCUUCAAAGGUCUUCCUCAUGGAUUCCGUCGUUUUGGAGAUCAGUUGUCUGAGAGCAAGAGAUGGGACAAGGUCAUGGAAAAUGGAAUCAAGUGGGCUCUUUCAAACCCAGAGUCAACUGGAAAGUUUGAGAUUAAGCUAGAGUAG